UUUGAUGGUGAACGCUGAGCGCAUUUUGUCUGAAACUGGUUAAUGGUGCCGUUCAAGUUAGUUAAAAUUAGUUUCUAUAAUAUAAUAUUUAAAGGAAUAUCUUGACUUGUAUGAGUCACUGCAAGAGAAGAGAGAAUAACGGUGUCUUGUGGGGUGUUUGAAAUUCAUAAAACUCGAAGGAGGCUUAUUAUACUGCAUAUUUUCAGCAGCCCAGGUAUGAAUUCUUUACCACCUAUACGAGAAGACAGGAUCAUCCAUGAGCUCCCACUGUAUUUUAACAGAGAUGCUGCAGUGCACACCAAAGCCGACUUCCACGUUACUGUUCAAAAUGCAAGUCAGAGGUCAGACUCACUGAGAUUCACCGUAGCCAAAGUCAUAGUUGUAGGUGAUGUCGCUGUGGGGAAAACAAGUUUGAUCAACAGGUUUUGCAGGGACACUUAUGAGAAAGGCUACAAAGCCACCAUCGGAGUGGACUUUGAGAUGGAGAGGUUUGAAAUCCUGGGAGUGCCUUUUAGUCUGCAGCUGUGGGAUACUGCAGGUCAAGAGAGGUUUAAAUGUGUUGCUUCCACCUACUAUAGAGGAGCACAAGCCAUCAUAGUGGUGUUUGACUUAAGCAACUACUAUUCCCUUGACCAUGCAAGGCAGUGGCUUGAAGAUGCCAUGAUAGACAACGAUCCUUCCAGUGUGUUGCUCUUCCUCGUAGGGACGAAGAAAGACCUGAGUCCUCCAGAUGUGUUGGCUCAAAUGGAGCAAGAAGCCAUCAGGUUAUCAGAGGAGAUAAGAGCCGAGUACUGGGCCGUGUCUGCUCUGUCAGAGAUUCCUUUUGGGGUUUUUUUCUGUAUAGGAGAGAGUGUGAGGGAUUUCUUUCUCCGGGUUGCAUCACUGACCUUUGAGGCACGUGUAUUAGCUGAACUGGAGAGGAACAAUAAUAAACAAGUGGACGGUAUUGUUAAAAUCACGGAUCAUGAUGAUGACAAAACAUUAAAGAAGAAGCAUGCAAACUGCUGUAGCUAAGAGAACUGAGAAGCAGGACCCGUGUGUGUGCAUGAACAUCUCAGGACAGAGACAGAAUCACAGAUCAACACAGUGUGACUACAGACUGCAGCAUCGGACACAAUCUCCAGCGCUACUGAAGCGCGUGACCUUGUUGAGCUGCUAAUCCUGAAGCUGCAGACUAUGAGCAGAGGAUUGGGUGUUUUUUUUCCCCACAAUAAAGGACUCUUGGCAAGAAAA